UCAAGCUCCAAGCAGGCGCACCCCUCUUCUCUCUCUUCAUUGUCCCCCCAGGAUUGGCACCUAGACACCCUGUAAGGAUGAGCACCAAAGAAGAGCCCACCAAGCCCACUCUCUCCAGCUUCACCAUCCAGUCCAUCCUGCAGGGAACUACUACUACUACAUCGGACAGAGCCGGGCGAAACGUUGCCAGGGUUUAUACCAUCUCCUGCCAGUCGUCCAGCCCCAGCAUUUCUUCAGAUGAGGAGGAACAAGACGAAUUCUGGAACGGGCCCGGCUGUAACUGCCCUGACCAAGGGGAUAAGGAUUCCAAGGGCCAAGCCCCCCGCCCCUGCGGUGCCCACAGAUGCCCUAACAGGACCCAGGGAUCCUCGUCCAGCAAUGAGAGACUGCAGAUGCCCUCUCCUUCCCAGCAGGGCUACAUUGAGGAGAAGCAGAACCAUUACUCCCAGUCAUUAGGGGACAGGCACAAGGACGCAGGGGACAAUAUGGGCAAUUCUAAGAAGAAAACCCGGACAGUGUUCUCUAGAAGUCAGGUGUACCAGCUGGAGUCCACCUUUGACAUGAAGAGAUACCUGAGCAGCUCAGAGAGAGCCUGUUUGGCUUCCAGCCUUCAGCUAACAGAGACCCAAGUCAAGACCUGGUUCCAGAACCGCAGGAACAAAUGGAAAAGGCAACUUUCUGCCGAGCUGGAGGCUGCCAACAUGGCCCACGCGUCAGCACAGACUCUGGUGGGAAUGCCCUUGGUGUUCAGGGACAACUCCAUCCUAAGGGUUCCAGUGCCCAGGUCCAUUGCCUUCCCUGCCCCUCUGUACUACCCCAGCAGCAACAUCUCCCUACCUCUCUACAACUUGUACAACAAGAUGGAAUACUGACUCCAACCCCCCAAAAACAGUUUGUCAGGACUUGAGACUUCAGCAGCUGCAACCUUCCACUUCUCCAAGUCUGUGAUUGCUGAUACAGAGCAGAAGCAGCAAAAUACACAAUGUGUAUUCACUAGGCUUUUUUUUAUUUGUUGGGUUAUUUACAGGCACGUAUAUAUUAGGAGUCAUGUAUAUAUAUAUA